UUGGGUUGCAAAGAUGCUGCUAAAGAAGAGUAUUCUUCCUUCCCAAGUUCCUCGUCUCUUGCGGUGCCUUUACCUUUGACUUUGCCUUUGUUUACUUUCACAACACAAACAACUCCUGUUUAGUCUUCUCAGUUCCAGAAUGAGUUCAGUCUCAGUCUCAGCCUCAGCUGAAACUACCAUUACUCCAAAAGUACCCAAAUUCUUUUCCAUUCAACACACUCCUCCUCCUUCUCCAACUCAACAUCAUCCUCAUGCUAUUUCAACUUUCAGUCUGGUCUCCUAUAACAUUCUGGCCCAGGCUUAUGUGAAGAACUUUUAUUUUCCACACUCUCCAUCUCAUUGUCUCAGCUGGAAAGCUCGCUCACAAGCAGUGUUAACUGUUCUCAAGAAACUUGGGGCUGACUUUCUCUGCCUUCAGGAAGUCGAUGAGUAUGAGAGUUUUUACAAAGGAAAUAUGGAGAGAAAUGGUUAUUCUAGUAUUUAUAUUCAGAGAGGUGGUUAUAGGCGUGAUGGAUGUGGGAUUUUUUUCAAGCAUGACCGUGCAGAGUUAAUUUUACAGGAAGAUAUAGACUACAAUGAUCUAGUAAACUCAAUUCAAAAUGAAAACUUAUUGAUCAAUGAUGAACAAAAUGACAAGAAAGCUCCUGAAACUAGAGAUGCUGAAGUGAAAAGUGGCUCUACACUAAAAGGUAUUUCUCAGGAUCGGGGGGGUCCAAACGAUCCUCGAGUGAGGCUAAAACGUGACUGUGUUGGUAUUAUGGCUGCAUUCAGACUUAAGCAUUCUCAUAAUCCUAUUGUUAUAGUGGCAACCACACAUCUUUAUUGGGAUCCAGCAUGGGCUGAUGUCAAGCUUGCGCAGGCUAAAUAUCUUGUAUCCCGUUUAGCUCAAUUUAAAGCAUUGGUGUCCAACAUAUUUAACUGUGCAUCUUCCCUAAUUUUGACUGGUGAUUUUAAUUCAGUUCCAGGGGAUAAGGUUUACCAAUACCUUAGUUCGUGCAACGAAUCCUCUUCCUCAGAGACAGUGCAGAACGAUCGCGAAAAUGUUCCUAUUCGUUUAUGCAGUGUCUACAAUAUUACAAAGGGGGAGCCUAAGUUCACUAACUGCACACCCAAAUUUACAAAUACACUGGAUUACAUUUUCUUUUCUCCUUCUGAUAGCAUAAAACCAGUGAGUUUGCUUGAGCUUCCAGAAUCAGAUUCUUAUGAUGUUGUUGGUGGACUACCAAACUCAAGCCAUCCAAGUGAUCAUUUACCAAUAGGUGCUGAAUUUGAAAUCUCAACUCCUCAGGAAGUACAAUACAUGCUGCAAAGCCAUGAUAUCUCCACUCCAAGUGCCAACAUCGCCACUCAGAUGCGUCAUUCUUUGAAUCUGAACUCUGGUCCUUCAGGCACUUCUUCUGGGCGUGGCUUCUUCACUCCUAGCCGUGGCUUCUUCACUCCUGGCCGUGGCCGAGGCAGGGGCGGAAGGAACAACAUUAUGCUUGUUUGUCAACUGUGCAAUCGACCAGGCCAUAUUGCAUCCCAUUGUUAUCAUCGUUUCGACAUUUCCUUACAAGGACAAUACAACUCCAACCCUAACAACAACUUUGCACCAAAUACUCAUACCCCAUUUGGUUCUCAAUUUCAAAACACCAACCAGCAAGCUUUCUUUACCUUUUUUGGUGACUCUCUUCCUAACAAUGCGUGGUACAUCGGCAUGGUACAUCGACAGAGGGGCAACCAACCACAUAACAACUGACCCUUCCAACUUGAAGCACAGAUCUGAGUUUAAAGGAUCUAGUUACGAAGAGGUAGCUGCUUCAGGGAAUGCUUAAUCGUGGCUUGUACCAGCUGCAACUGACCUGCUCAUUCUCCAUUCCUGUGUCACCAGUCAACUCGCUCAUGAUUUUGGGUCACCUCCAAUCCUAUAUGCAAGUUUUCAGCAAAAAUAAUUUGAGUCCAAGUCGUCAGUUCGUUUGUUUACCUUCAAUCCAGUCACUAUUUGUUGAGUCUGUUUCUGUUAUAAUUUAAACAUUUGGCAUCCCAAUAUCAAUGUAAUGAAACAUAUGCUAAGCAAUGAAGUUUUUACUUUCAAAGAAUAAAUUCUAUUU